AUGGAGCAGCCUUCCGGGAUCCCACGCCCGUCGUCAGGGAUCCCACGCCCGACCUCGCGCCUCCCCGUGCUCAGGCCGGCGGGCAGCCAGAGCCAGCUGCGCUCCACCCCGUCUACCGAGCAGCUGCGCAAGAAGCCAUCGCUUCAACCGCCGCUGCAGAAGAAGCCUUCGUUGUCUUCAGUAUCCCGCAUCAGCCAACCGCCGCCGUCGCUGCAGAAGAAGCCCUCGAGAACGUCCCUCGCCCGAUCAUCCAUUGUCCCCCCGGCAUCUGCCAAUCCGAGCUCGAACAGAGUAUCUGUGCUCUCCACCAAACGCUCCAUUCCCAGUCUUGCAGGCCGAAACUCUGCCGCUGACGCUCCCGUGUUCAAGAAACCCACUGGCCGUCCGCCGUCGCGACAGACCAGGGCCAGCGUCCAGCCGGCGAAAGCCCACAAUGGAGCACAAAACGACGACGUGUUGGGCGACUUGGAUGCAUUUCGCUCCGCCUCGAGAGCGUCUUCGAGGGCCAGCUCAAGAGCAGGGUUUCAUGAAACCGAGCCGCAGUAUGCGCUAGAUAUCGAUGAAGAUGCGCCCGCACCGGCAGUGAGAAAGUCGCGUCCGUCUCUCCGGUGGCAAGGGGCGUCGGAGGUCGAGCUUCUUCAACAGUGGGGACUCAAUGGGUCCGCCGCCGAGACCUGCCUCAGCGUUUGCCGGCUACACCACAAAGAGGCACUCUUAUCUCUCAGCGAGCGUCAGUGCCUCCAUGACCGGCACAUCUGGAACUCCCAGCAAGAGAUCAUCCAUCGCCCGACCUCCUUCCAUGAUAAAAAAGCCGCCUCUUUCUCAGUUUCAAAAUUUGCAGUCAACGCCAAAUGUCCGGCCGCUAUCCAACAGCAACACCGCGGUGGCGAGGACGCCGAAAUUACGGACUUCUAUUGCAGGCACUUUUGGUCAAGCUAUAUCACCGCCGGCGACUUCACCAAUGCCAACACACCCAAACCCAGUUCCUCUCAGGCAUUGCGCGACCAAAUCGCAAAGGCAAAAGCGGCGAAACGGGCCAACGUGACAAGCCCCCCGCGUCCUCGCACCAACACCCCACCGCGCGAUGCUAUCAUACCGGACCCGGUCGAAAUUGCUAGUUUCGACUUCGGCUUGGACGAUCCAUUCAACCAGCGGCCUAAGGGAGCGUCUCUGCUGCGAAAGCGCGUCGAUGCUGCCCGCGCAGAUGGGAGGCUUAAUCUAGCUGCAAUGGACCUGGACGAGAUACCCGAAGAAGUUUUGAAAAUGUACGAAUACGAUCCCGAGGUGAAUACCGCAUGGGGCGAGGUCGUCGACCUCACUUCCAUGAUAAUGGCCGACAAUAAUCUUCAUGUCCUCCCCGAUUCCAUGUUCCCCUACGUCGACUACGAUGCCGUGAUGGAGUCGGAGGACGUAGUCCCACAAUUUGGUGGGAUCCUGAAUCUUGACCUUCACGGCAACGCAUUCCGAGAGCUCCCACUAGGCUUGGGCCGACUGCCGCAACUCUCCAAACUCAAUCUUUCCAGGAACAAACUGACCACCGACUCGCUAGCUGUUGUUUUCGGGAUUACUACUCUGCGCGAGCUCAAGCUAGCGGAGAAUCAACUCACAGGCGCCCUCCCCAGCCAGAUUGAGAACUUGACCUCGUUGGAAACAUUGGACUUGCAAGCAAAUCGAUUGUCCAGCUUGCCACCAGAAAUCCGAGCUCUUACACAUCUCAAGGUGUUGAAUGUAGCCGAAAACAAACUCACUGGUCUCCCGAACGAUGUGUUCACAUCCAUGCCGGUCGUCGAUUUGAACGCGUCUAAGAAUUCUUUUAGUGGCACCUUUUUCGAGGUGGAGACUGUUUCGAAUCUACAGACCCUCAGUCUCGCCAACAAUCAGCUCACAAGCCUCUGUACCUCGGACACAAUUUCGCUUCCUUCUAUGAAGCAUCUUGAUCUUUCGAUGAACAGGUUGUCUAGCCUGCCGAACAUGGCUGCCUGGACCAAUCUAGUAACUUUGCUCAUUGGCGAGAACAGCCUGUCGACCUUCCCGGAAGGGCUCUGCUCGCUGAAGCAGCUACGGAAUGCAGACUUUACAGCAAACAGCAUCAACAAGAUAGAUGAAAGCAUAGCUCUCAUGGAGGGCUUGGAGAAUCUGACGCUUGCAGCCAAUCCACUUCGCGAGCGCAAGUACCUGACAAUGAAUGCGGAAGACAUCAAGCGUGAUCUCAUGUCAAAGCUGGAUCCUGGAGUAGUGCCCGACGGAGAUAUGCUCCAGGAUCUAGCUGGUAUCAAGGACCUGGAAGCGGAAAUCAACGGCUGGAAACUGACGCCUUCCGGUGCACUCGACCUUUCCUCUCAUAACAUGACUGAAGUCGAUGAAGACGAACUGGCAUCAUUCGCCGAGUCGCAUAACAUCAAGCAGCUAUAUCUACAGCAAAACCAACUUACCAGGAUACCUAUGGCCGUAGCGCAACUUUCCUUCUUAACCGUUCUUGACCUGUCCAAGAACAGCGUUACCGAUCCACUCUUAGAAAGCCUUGAGCUCCCUAAACUUCGCGAAAUUCGACUCGGCAACAACAAGCUCAAGUCGUUCCAUGCAAUUACCUCCAAGCUAUCGGCACCUAGUCUACAUCAUCUCGACGUCUCGAACAACAAGAUCGCCGGAUCGUUGCCAAAUUUGCGCGAGUCUUACCCCGCGCUCCUGACCCUGCUCGCAUCCGACAACGGCAUCGACGAAGUGUCUGCCGAGUCGCUUGAGGGUCUGAAAAUCGUCAGCCUGAGCAACAACGAGAUUGCGCGCUUGGAACCUCACAUCGGGUUGCUGGCGGGCACACUAACGAGUUUAGACGUUGAGGGCAAUAAGUUCCGCGUGCCGAACUACGCGGUGCUCAAGAAGGGCACUGAUGCUGUGCUGACGUGGCUGAAAGACAAGAUACCGUCUCCUACCGAUGAAUUCGACCCUGGGAGCCCGGCUUUCUAG